AUUUCCGUUAGUUUAACAAACAAUGUGAGAGAGAUUUUGUUGUAAUUAGCGCAAUGCAAAGAAAGAGAGAAGUUAGCAAAAUUAAAACUAAGAGUGCGUUUAUACGUAUAUGUGGCACUGUACAAGCGCAUCAACAAAGUUACGAGUAGUGUUCGACGCCUCUUUCCAAACUACGACACAAACAUCGCUAAAUGAUUUUCUUUUAGUUGGACCAACCAUCCAAACAGAGCUGUACAUGUUGCUACUGCGCUUUCGUUUGUAUCGUUACACUAUCACCGCAGAUGUCACUAAAAUGUACAUGCAAGUAUCUUUGAAUAAAAAUGAUCGUAAAUUUCAUUACAUUCUUUGGCGAGCUUCUGCAUACGCAGAUCUUCUCACAUACCUGCUCAACACUGUGAUAUAUGGUACCGCCUCAGCUCCAUGUCUAGCAGUGCGAAGCCUUCACUACUUAGCUGAUAAGCAUAUGGCAGAAUUUCCAAUUGGCGCUGCGGCUGUAAAAACUUCGUUCUAUGUUGAUGAUUUUCUAUGUGGUGCGGAUGACACAGAUGUCUUACACAGAUUAAAGAAAGAAGUUAUUGAGAUACUUCGACGCGGACAGUUUCCUCUUUCCAAGUGGCAUUCCAAUCACCCAGAUUUCAUGGAAAGCCAAACUACGAAAGAGCUUAGCAUUACCGACGAUUUUACAUCGAGUGCACUUGGGGUGACUUGGAAUCAACGCAACGACACGUUGUUGUUUUCAUUCACACCAAAGCAAGUUCAUAAGUCUGUCACAAAGCGCACAAUACUGUCUAUCGCUUCAUCGCUUUUCGAUCCACUUGCAGUGCUCUCACCACUCGUGAUAACAUCCAAAAUAAUCAUGCAGGAAUUGUGGCUACUAGAAUUAGAUUGGGACGAGUCGGUUCCCCAACAUAUACACCAAGCCUGGAAUUGUUGUUUAGCAUCUCUUAACUCGCUUUCAUUACUCAGCCUGCCUCGUUAUUGUUUGCUACCAAAUACUCGUGACAUACAGUUACAUGGAUUUUGCGACGCAUCAAUUCGGGUAUACGGAUCGGCGAUUUACAUAUGCACAGAAGACUCCGACGGACAGGUUGCUGUACAUUUACUCACUUCGAAAUCAAGGGUCGCACCAGUAAAAAAGCAGUCUCUCCCAAAACUCGAACUUUGCGGUGCCCACCUUCUCGCUUGCCUGUAUGCUAAGAUAAAGAACAUAUUCUCCACUGCUCGCAUAACUACUUUCUUUCGGACUGACUCGCAACUAGUUCUACAUUAGGUAAAACAACAUUCUGUUACGCUGUCAACGUUCGUGGGCAACAGGGUAUCUGACAUACAGGAAUUGACUGCAGGUGGACAAUGGAGGUAUGUGCCUUCCAAAGAGAAUCCAGCCGACCUAGUAUCUCGAGGCUGCCCUGCUGCUGACCUCAAAUCUUCGAUAUGGUUUUCUGGUCCUCACUUUUUACAAGAAAACGCAAUGAAAUGGCCAAGGCACACAGGCAAUAUUGAGCUUGAUAUGGAUGUUGUGAACAGAGAGAAACGCAAGAAGAUAUUUGCUGUAGUUAAAGAGGUAAAUUACUUGAUCGAUGUCAUUGAUGGCAUAAGCUCGUACAUCCAUUGUCUGCGUCUCAUCGCCUGGCUCUUUCGGUUCAGUGAUAAAUGCAGACGAUAGCCUACGACAAACGCCAUUUCUCCAUCUCCUGACGAACUACGACUCGCAUCAUAUUGCAUUAUCUUCAAUAUUCAGCAACAACAUUUUUCAAACGAUAUUCAAUUGCUUCGAAAAAACCAAGCUUUAAAAAGUAGCAUGAAGUUUCUUACUCCAUUCUUGGAUAACGUAACCGGUUUUGAACUCGUAAGGGUUGGUGGACGUCUGGAUUAUGCAGAUUUACCGAAUUCCCAGAAGUAGCCGAUUCUACUACCCAGCGAUUCCCAAUUUGUACUAAAAUGCGUUCGACAUCUACAUUUGCGAAGUUUUCACGCAGGCCCAAAGGCAUUGGUCCCCUUCAUCAGAUUAGAAUUUUGGAUUGUCAACGCUAGAGAUGUUGCUCGUCGCAUCGUUCGUUCCUGUGUGCAUUGUGUUCGUUACAAGCCAGUGCUGUUACAACAGGUAAUGGGACCACUACCAGUUACACGUAUUACAUCUGCACGCCCAUUUGAACGUUGCGGAAUCGACUUUUGUGGACCAAUAAACACAUAUCUUCGAAUUCGUUGAAAACCACCCACCAAGUCAUAUUUAGCUGUAUUCGUGUGCCUCGUAACAAAAGCUGUGCUCAUCGAGGUGGUAUCCGACCUCUCAACAAAUGCAUUUCUAAAUGCAUUAAAGCGAAUGAGUGGUCGUCGUAAAAUGCCAUGUGAUAUCUUUUGCGACAAUGCUACCAAUUUUGUGGGCGCAUCUAACCUGUUAAAGGACCUCAAACAAUUCUUAUUCAAAACCGAAACGUUAAAUGAAAUCUAUAAAUAUUGUUCCUCUGAUUUUAUUAAUUUCCAUUUCAUUCUACCCAGGGCACCUCACUUCGGCGGUAAAAAGCGCUAAGGGGUUGUUAAAUCGCACAUUGGCAAACACUAAAUUAACAUUCGAAGAGUUAAACACCGUUGCUGUAGAAGUGGAAGCCAUUCUUAACUCACGUCCGCUGUCAUCAAUGUCAUCAGAUCCUAACGACUUUGGUGCACUGACGCCUGGUCAUUUUUUGGUCGGUGAUUCUUUGCGUGGCUUGCCUGAGCGCUCACUGGAGCUGAAGACCGUUUCACAUCUUGAUCGCUACAACACAAUCACUGCCAUCAAGCAAAGUUUUUGGCGUCGCUGGUCUGUGAACUACAUAUAUAAACGAACUACGAGUCCGUGUAAAGUGGACAACACCUUCACCUGAUCUCACUAUCGGUGCUUUAGUGAUCAUACACUAUGACAAUCUGCCACCGCAACGUUGGAGAUUAGGUCGGGUCGAAUCAACCGUGCUUGGACGAGAUGGCCAUGUUCGAGUGGUGAAUCUCCGAGCUGCCAAUGGAACUCUUUGUAGGCCAAUACAUAAAUUAGCCAUUCUUCCGAUUUGUUGAAAGAUAGUCCUUUCAACGGGGGCCGGGAUGUUGGGUCACCCUAAUGAGAGUGAGCCGUGCUUCGGAUAAAAGUAAUGAAUUGUUAAUAUAACUCUCUUUUCAUCUCAUUGCUUGUUAAUAACUCAAUUUACGUUGCUUACAUUUAUACACACAUGUAUACAUACACAUAUUGUACUCAUAAUUUUCUUUACUUAUGUUAAUGCUCAAAUCAUCUAACGAGUAAUUAUGUAUAUUAGAGUGGGUCAAUUUGUAUGGAGCAAAAAAAAUGCACCAAGCGGUUAUCAAAAUCGUAAACUACGAUGAAUUCUAAGAAAAUUUGCCCAAGAAACCAUGGCUCUAAAAUCAAAACGGAGCCUCCGGUUUUUAACGAGAAACUUUUCAUUUUGUUUUUUUUUUUCAAUAAAUGAAAUGGAAAAUAGUAACAACUACUGGAGCCGAAAACAUCAAGCUGUGACCGUACAGAAAAAUACCGUUAUAUGGGAGGUGGCCGUAGUUUUUGCCCAAUUUUAAUCAUUUUCAUAAUCUCACCUAACUAGCUACAAUCUAAAAUGUGUACUAAAUUUAGACGAAAUCGAUAAAGUAGUUCCAGAGAUUUACAUAUGCACUCAAAAGUGGGCGGUGACAUGCCAAUUUUUCAUAUAGUCGGAUUUCUGGCUACAAUACAACACCGAAUACCAAACUCAAGAUGUUUCCCUUCAACAGUUAUUAAAAUUUCUGAUCUUUAGUGUUUUCAAAAAUUACCGUUAUAUGGGAGGUGGGCGUGGUUAUUAUCCGAUUUCAAUCAUUUUCCAGAUAUCCCUUAAGUAGGCAUUGUGUAAUAUGUAUACCAAAUUUGAACGAAAUCGGUGGGGUGGUUCCAGAGAUAUACAUACAUAUGAAUUCAAAGGGGGCAGUGGCACGCCCCCUGUAAAAAAUCUCUUUACUGUCGAAUUUUCUGCUUAAAUACAACAUCACAUACCAAAUUUGAGCAAAUUAGCUUCGAUAGCUACAAAACAAGCAAACAAUCGACAGUGGAAUAGGAAUUGGAUUUUUUUUUACAAAAUACAAUACACGAAAUUUUCUCGCUAAAAACCGGAAGCUCGAUUUUCAUAUUCGACCCAUGGUUUCUUAAGCAAAUUUUCUUAGAAUUCAUCGUAGUUUACGAUUUUGAUAACCGCUUUGUCAAGAAAAAAAUUGACCCACUCUAAUGUAC